AUGACUAAAAGAGAAAGGCAAAUUAUAAGGGAUUUAAAGGAGGAUGAAACAAUAGUGAUCUUGAAAGCAGACAAAGGUAAUACGACAGUGGUGAUGGAUAGAAUUCAGUAUGAAGAGAAAAUAAACAAUAUGUUGAAUGACAAUAAGACAUACAUGUUAUUGGAUAAAGAUCCAGCAAAAGAAUGCGAAAAGCGAUUGAAAUUAAUUUUGGUUACAAAGAAAGAAAAGCUGGGAAAAAAGUUAUACCGAAAGUUAAGUACGACGGAUGGUAUAACACCGCGCUUAUAUGGGUUACCAAAGAUCCAUAAAGAUGGCAUACCAUUACGACCUAUUGUUAGUUUUAUUGGCUCUACAACAUACGAGUUGUCAAAGUUUCUACGUGGUAUUUUAUCUCCACUUGUUGGUAACUCUCAGCACCAUAUAAAGAAUUCAUAUGAGUGGGUUCGGAAAGUAAGUGAGUUCCGGUUGGAAGAUGAUGAGGAAAUGGUGUCGUUUGAUGUUGUGGCAUUAUUUACUUCAAUCCCGGUGGAAUUAGCAGUUCAGAUUGCGGCUUCAAGACUGGAUAAGGAUUUAACAUUAGUAAAAAGGACGUCAUUAUUAGCACAGGAUGUUGUUGAACUCUUGGAGUUUUGUCUAAAAUCGACAGAAUUCCAAUUCAGAGGAAGAUAUUAUAAGCAAAUACAUGGUACAGCAAUGGGGUCACCGGUGUCGGUGAUUGUGGCUAAUUUAGUGAUGGAAGAAUUGGAAAUCAAAGCGUUGAAUACUUUUGUUGAUAGUCCGAGGUUUUAUUACAGAUUUGUGGAUGACACGAUCACAGCACUGAAGAAAUCGCAGAUUUCUAACUUCCAUGACCAUUUGAACACUCAAAGUGAUCACAUUAAGUUUACAGUGGAGAGAUAUAAUAAGAAGGAAGGCCUUGCGUUUCUUGAUACGCUAAAUAAAGUUAGUGAUGAUGGUAUGGUCCACACAAAGGUAUACCGAAAGCCGACGCAUUCGGAUCGAUAUUUACCGUUCGAUUCCCAUCAUCCAAGGCAGCAUAAGAAUGCGGUUGCAAGGACACUCUUUAUGAGAGCAGUUGGCGUAUGUAAUGAUGCGAAGGAGCAAAAGCAAGAAGAGAAACGAGUAUAUAAAGUUUUGAGAGGCAACGGUUACCCUAAAGAAAUGUUAACGAGAAUUUGUAGGGAAAUUGGAAGUGGUAAUUUAUCAGUGGGCGAUGCUGAACAACCAACAGACCUGGAUAAGGGCAAUGGUUUAGUAGUCCUUCCGUAUAUUCAAGGUACAACGGAACGAUUAAAACGGACAUUAAUUAAAAACGGAUUUAAAGUUGCAAUGAGGCCGGUAUGCACGUUGAAAAAACAGUUAGUAAAACCAAAGGAUGUAUUAUCAAUCCAAGAACAGACAGGGGUGGUGUAUAGCAUCCCCUGUGCGGGCUGUGAUGUAGAAUACAUUGGUGAAACAGGACGAGCUUUUGGAACGCGAGAGAAGGAACACAAGGCAGCAGUCCGUUUAGGGAAGAUUGAAAAGUCAGCUUUGGCUAAGCAUGGGUAUGAUUGUGAGCAUGGUAUAGCAUGGAACGAUUCAAAAUUAUUAUGUAAAGAGAGCAGAUGGGCGCAACGUAAAUGGAAAGAAGCAUGUAUGAUUGAGCAAUCGGGUAACGGUAUUUCGAACAGAGAUAAUGGUAGGAUACUUCCUGACGUUUAUAAGCCGAUUUUAAAGAAAUAA